UAACGCAGCCCCCCGCGGCUCCAGGGUUUGCCCCUCCUGAAGAGCACCAAUCUGAGAUGGGUACAUGGAGGGGGCGGGAAGGAUAGUUUGAGGAGGGCUGAGCUCUUUUUUUCCCUUUUUUUUUGUAUUAUUAUUAUUAUUGCAAGAGGACGCCAAUUUCUCUUAUUAUUUCACUGCUGGAACAACAACGGGCAAAAAAAGAGAAAAAAAAAAAAAAAAAAGAAAGAAAGAAGCUGGACCGCGCGUUAUAGACGUUCAUUAACUCCAAAGAAAUCCACGCGAAGAGGGAGGAAAAGAAACAGCGGGAAGACGGGCGUUAUAUCUAAGUGGCGUCCUCAGUCUAAACUGAUAUGGCUGCUGCAUUUAAGAAACCCGAACCCCUGCACUUGGCGUUGUGGAUCUUCCUUCUGCACCUCAGCCUCCUUCCUCAAGCCAGGGCCGUCGUUGGACACAAAGAGCCACUGCCUGGUGACAGUAAAGAUAACAUCACAAUUUACACCCAAAUAUUAGACAGACUGUUGGAUGGAUAUGACAACAGACUACGCCCUGGACUGGGAGAGAGCGUGACAGAAGUGAUGACAAACAUUUACGUGACAAGCUUCGGGCCAGUGUCAGAUACAGAUAUGGAGUACACCAUCGACGUGUUUUUCCGCCAGAGUUGGAGAGAUGAGAGACUGAAAUUUGACGGACCGAUGCAGAUUUUGCCGCUCAACAACCUCCUGGCCAGCAAGAUUUGGACACCUGACACGUUUUUCCACAACGGGAAGAAAUCGGUGGCCCACAACAUGACAACUCCGAACAAACUUCUCCGACUAGUUGACAAUGGCACUCUUCUCUACACGAUGAGGUUGACCAUUCACGCCGAGUGCCCCAUGCACCUGGAGGAUUUCCCCAUGGAUGCGCACGCUUGUCCCCUGAAGUUUGGAAGUUACGCUUACACCAACAACGAAGUGAUUUACCUCUGGACCAAAGGAGUCGAGAGGUCCGUCGCCGUGGCAGAUGAUGGCUCCAGGCUCAACCAGUAUGACCUACUGGGACACGUUAUUGGCAAAGAAACCAUUAGAUCCAGCACAGGCGAAUAUGUGGUGAUGACAACAUAUUUCCAUUUGAAAAGGAAAAUUGGCUAUUUUGUCAUCCAAACCUACCUUCCCUGCAUCAUGACUGUCAUACUGUCACAGGUGUCCUUCUGGUUAAACAGAGAGUCGGUUCCUGCGCGUACUGUAUUCGGGGUCACCACAGUCCUCACCAUGACAACCCUGAGCAUCAGUGCUCGCAACUCCCUACCUAAGGUUGCCUAUGCCACAGCCAUGGACUGGUUCAUGGCCGUGUGCUAUGCAUUUGUCUUCUCUGCCUUGAUUGAGUUUGCCACAGUCAACUACUUCACCAAGCGCAGCUGGGCGUGGGAUGGGAAAAAGGAGGGCAUGGAAAUCAGGGAACCGUUUCAGGCUAACAUGGCCAGGAUUAACGAUAUGAGAAGAGAAUCUGCGACGCUCUCCAAAAAGGCAAAUAAUACCUUCAACAUUGUUGGAACGACCUACGCCAUCAACGUAGCAAAAGACCAAGGUUUGACAACCAUUUCUAAGAGUGCCGGUGCCGGUGCUAGUGCUGGUGCUUGUGCUGGUUCCGGUGCCGGUGCCGGUGCUGGGGCGUCCACCAAACACUCUUACCUUCACAAUAUGGAUGAUCCCUACACAGAAGCCAAGAAGUCUUACAACCGAGUCAGCAAAGUGGACAAGAUAUCACGCAUCAUUUUCCCUGUUCUUUUCUUCAUCUUCAACUUGGGCUACUGGGCCACUUACGUCAACAGAAAGCCCGCCAUCAUAGAAGAAAACAACCUCAACUAAAUUCAAAAAGUCAGUCUUGAUCUGGUUUAGGUAAUGGAGUGUAGACAGCUUUACAAGAGACCAUGAACAUCUUGUUGUGUAUGUGUGUGCCAGUGUCAAUACUCUCACUGGACAUUUCAUUAGGCACACUUGCGACAUCUAAUGAGAUCCAAUACAAGAGUUUUCCAUUUUUAUUUUAUUAUAAAAAAAAUGUUUUCUAUUAAUCAAUCCAACAAAACAAUACCAUAAUAAUACAAUUCCAAUUCCCAGCAACAUUCAGAAUAGCAAUCAACAGAGCAAUUGAGAGGACACACAAACAUGACAAAAAAACAAUCCAAAAGUAGUCAAAUGAAAAUUAAUAAUAUCAACAACAGUAUCAAUAUUAAUAAGAAUUCCAACAUAGCAGUGAUUAGAAAUCCCUCAUUGACAUUAUCAUCACAGCCAUUUAUAAAAAUAAAAAAGAACAAUAGUGUCACAGUGGCUUAUACUUGCAUUGCAUCUCAUAAGACACAUUGUGUCCAAUAUUUUACACAAAGAUAAAAUAAGUCAUUUUUUAGGUUAAUUUAGUAGUUAAAACAAAUUUAAAUAAUGGAUCCCAUAUUCCAAUAUAUGACUCAUUAUUAUCUAAACUAAAUGCAGUUUUUUCUACUGAUAUAAUUUCCAUAGCUUGUGUAUAGCAGUCAGUAUGAGUUGGACUAUCAACUUCUAUCCAUUUUUUCAAUAUUACACUUUUUGUUAUGAUGCAUAUUGAAAAAAAUGCAUUUUUACUCGUUGAUGACACGUUACUAAUACAUUACGUUACAAUACAAGGGUUUUCGAUUAUUAGAAUCCAACAUUGUUCUGUUGUCAUUUGCAGUGGUGGUUAAAUAAUGUAACUACAAUAUAUCUCAGUACUUUGGUGCAAUUUCACUGUCAUCUCAGUCAUGGUAAUCCUCAAAUGUUGACUCGAGGUAAAUUAAUUUCUUUAAGUCUUCCUGGAUGUGUGGUUGGUGGUGGUGGUGGUAGUGAACGACUGUCCUGCAUAACAAUAACUUGUAUUCAGUAUUCAGUGAGUACGCAAGGGGGCCUAGAUCAAAAAAUCUAACUAUGCAAUGGAAUCAAUCCCAGACAUGUGGAACUGUCUGGUGCUCUUGCAAAGACGCAUCCUUGUAAACAAACUGUGAGUCGCACACGAUAGCCUUUAUUCACUUAUUUUAAUUUUCACAUUAUUUUAAUCACUCAUAAAGAUAAUCGGAGACACCACUGAAGACCUGGCUAGUUGUGAAAGAAGACAAAGAAGUGAUCACAGCCCACUGUAACUGCAUGGCUGGGUAAGUUUCGGCCAUAUUGUCUUGUUGUUGUUGCACACGUUGUUACGAGUACACAUGGUUUUCCCUGUCUUUAUCAAAAUACAACUAUAGAUCUCAAUGGUGUGUAUGUGCUGAAAGCUUAAUAUGUGAUUGCCGCCUUUGGUAAACACUUACCGUAUUUUCCGCACCAUAAACCGCCCUGGGUUAUAAGCCGCGCCUUCAAUGAACGGCAUAUCUCAAAACUUUGUCCACCUAUAAGCCGCCCCGUGUUAUAAGCCGCAUCUAACUGCGCUAAAGGAAUGUCAAAAAAACAGUCAGAUAGGUCAGUCAAACUUUAAUAAUAUAUUAAAAACCAGCGUGAUGUGGGCGCGCAUGGAGUCGUAUAUCAACAUGGACGGAGCUGCGUGAAAAAAGCCACCCGGCCUCUUCGCGUAAACUUACCUUAACCACUCGCUCAUCUUUUCUUCAUCCAUCCAUCCCUUCGAGUUAGCUUUUAUGAUGACGCCGGCUGGAAAGGUCUCUUUUGGCAAGGUCUUCCUUUUGAAUAUCACCAUGGGUGGAAGUUUCUGGCCAUUAGCAUGGCAAGCUAGAACCACAGUGAAGGAUGACUUCUCAUUCCCUGUGGUGCGAAUAUUCACCGUACGUGCUCCCGUUGUAUCCACAGCGCGGUUCACAGGAAUAUCAAAAGUCAGUGGAACCUCGUCCAUGUUGAUAAUGUUCUCUGGCCGGAUCUUUUUUUCAGCUAUCUUGUUUUUACAAUAUGCACGGACAGUAGCCAGCUUUUCUUGAAAGUCUUUAGGCAGUUGCUGUGAAAUAGUAGUCCGUGUGCGGAUGGAGAGAUUGCGUCUUUUCAUGAACCGGAAACCUGUCGCUUAGUAGGAGCCAUUUUGUGGUCUCUACAGAUGUAAACACACAAAGGAAAUGAAACGUAAUAUCCGCGCCCUUCUUCUUCUUCUAUGGGGGCGGGUGGUUGCUUACAGUAGAAGAAG